AUAUCACACGGCCGACGGUACUUUCCAGUUUCCACACAAAAGCAGCUCCACAUCCAUCAGUCUACAAAAAUAAAUUUUGAAAAAACGAAACGGAAAACGGGAGGAGAGGGAGUGGGAGAGGGAGAGGGAGAGGGAGGGACAUCUCUCAUAAAGUAGACACCAGCAUAAUCGAAUGGAGGAAGCAACAGAUUCUCCGCAGCUCAUCUCAUGAUAUUAUCUCGGUUUUUUUUAUAAGGAAAUCUCUCACUUCAAAACCCUUCUUUUUGAUCUUUCUCUGACUUGUGGAGAGGAGGAGCAUGAAGUUUUUAAGCACUCUUUUCCAACAAAAACAUCAGUAUGGCGAAAGGGAGAGACGCCCCGACAUGGGGAGAUUGGUACCUUUCAUGUUGCCUUCUCUGUUCAUAGCCACCAUUUUCAGCCUCUUCCUCCUCUAUUCUCCAAACCCUUUGGCUAUCAUAUCCAAACAAGGCCUUGAUUCUGUCCCAGAACAAAGCCAUGAUUAUUUCGAAAAACAAUUCCAAGAACAUCAACACCCCGAUCAGAAGAAGAAAGAGAACUGUGACUUGUUUAAGGGUCACUGGGUACCAGAAUCAAGAGAGCAUUUGUAUACCAAUUCAAGCUGUGCAACAAUUCCUGAGUCGAAGAACUGUUUUAAGCAUGGGAGGAAGGACAGGGAUUUUCUCAAUUGGAGAUGGAAACCUGACGAAUGCGAGCUCCCAAGGUUUGAUACCAAGACCUUUCUGCAAAUUAUGCAACAAAAGAAAAUGGCAUUCAUCGGUGACUCGGUUGCCCGGAAUCAUGUGGAAUCCCUUCUAUGCCUCUUGUCACAGGAGGAAAUCCCAAAAGAUGUUUACAAGGAUUCAGAAGACAGGUUCCGGACAUGGUACUUUCCACGCCAUAACUUCACCCUCAUGGUCCUUUGGAGCAAAUUCCUCAUAGCCGGCGAGGAAAGGACGAUAAAUGGUACAGGGUCCAGCGUUUUCGACUUGCAGAUCGACAAGGUUGACAUCGAGUGGGCGAAGUACCUUCCAGAUAUAGACUAUGCCAUCAUCUCGGCUGGGCACUGGUUCUUCCGAGUAAUGUAUCUCCACGAAGGGGAGAACAUUACAGGAUGCGUUUAUUGCAAUGAACCAAAUGUAACUGGGCACGAUGCAGACUUUGCUUUGAGAAUGGCCUUUCGAGCUGCGUUUAGCUACAUAAAUGAAUGCAAGAACUGCAGCGCUCACCUGGUGACAUUGUUGAGGACAUUUGCACCAGCUCACUUUGCUAAUGGGGCUUGGAACACAGGAGGGUACUGCAACAGGACAGCUCCUUUCGGGGAAACGGAGAUAGACUUGGGCCGGAGUUAUGAUUGGCAAGUGAGAAACGUUCAGGUAGAAGAGUACGAAAGAGCAAGAAAAGUGGCGGAAAAGCAAGGGAAGAGGUUUGGAGUUGUGGAUGUUACAAGGGCAAUGCUGAUGAGACCGGAUGGACACCCAGGAGAACAUUGGGGCAACAAAUGGAAAGGAGGCUACAACGACUGUGUUCAUUGGUGCAUGCCGGGCCCCGUUGACACCUGGAGUGAACUUUUUAUGGCAGUUUUGAGAAAGGAGGCAGGGUUGACUUGAUUUCUUGACGAAGGGUUGGAGCUAAUUAACCAGGCCAGUUAGAGCGCUUAUAAAUUAUACAUAGCAUACCUAUAUAUAUAUAUAUAUAUAUUUGUCAUAAUAAUAUCCCCGUUUUUGUUUGUACGGGCAUUUGAAUCUAAACUAGUUGGCAACACCGUGGCAGAAAAAACCAGUGAGAAAAUUUAAUGUA